GCGCCAUCAAGACGACUAGCUUGCCAACGGCCAGUGCAGGAGUUGGUGAAGGGCAAGCAGCAGCAGCAACAGGUUGGUGGUGCGAGGAACCUGGGUGUGGGUCAGGUUGGACCGGACCGGAAGGACGUGUGCCAGAUGAGUACGACGACUUCGCCGCAUUCGUCGGAUCGGCUGUGUACGAUCGGAGAGGAGGUCAACAAUUUGCUGUUGAACACGAAGAGCACUGCGAACAACGUGGGUGGAGUUGGCAAGCCAAGGUUAGACAUUAACGUAAACAAGCUGGAGGGCAUCGAGAUGAACUCGAAGAAGUCGUGCACGCAGUCCAGUUCGAUUUCGAGUGAGAUCGACAUCCAGGAGAGUGCCAUGCUGAGGCGGCAGCAGCUGUCCCGGGUCGCGGAAUGGGUCCAGAACAACUCCAAGCUGAGCCAUCCGGAGAACCUGAGCAACACGGAGUCCGACAUUGAAAACUUGACGCUUGCAUCUGCCGCUUCGCUCACCCUAGUCGAUAGUUUGAACAAUAAUAACGCGUUAAGUAGUGGCCUCGCGGCGGUUGAUCCCGGCAGUGACACUAAACUGAUAGCUAGUGAUAUUAAAAUAAGUCAUAGUAUUAGUAACAACAACAGCAGUAGCAUUGUCAACAACAACCACAUCACCAACAACAACAACACCUUUGCUCAAGCCAACAUCCCAGCGCCCGGCGUGUCCGCAGUCGGUUCCCGAGGUCACAGUCACACUAGUCUUAAGGCCGCCAUCGCCAGCAAUACCGCCCAGCUGGACUACAACAGCAACAGCCAUGGUCCGCUCCCGCUGUACCAUCCCGCCCACCAUCUCCACCUGCACCGUGACCAAUCCGACGACCAGAGCUGCGGCGUAGACCUGGCCCAGAUGGAGUACAACGUGAAGCAGUUCCUGCUGAAGCAAAAUGAGUGGUCAGCCAUCUCGAGGCGACUGUCCUCGUCGACCACCUCGGGGACGAUCGAUCCCCAGCAGCUUGGUCCGCCGUCGCCGGUGUUCAUCCCGAAGGAAGUUCCGGUGGUGAAGAAAGCGAGUGGUAGAACCGGUGGGGAAGUUUCCCGGGAUGGCGGUGGCGCAGACCGCGAUGGGGACGUCGCAGUUCCACAAUAACAGUAGCAAGUACGCCAUCAAUCCGCACCGGACGGAAACGAAUCUGUAAGAUGUUGGUGUUGGGAGUAGACGGGUAGAGAUAGAAUCGAAGGCUUUGGAACUGCGGGACUGGACAGGAAUAUAGAGUGUGAUGCUUUGUGUCGGACAGUCGUUUUGUAAUGUUUGGAUAUCAUGCAUUAGUGUAAUAGAGGAGAAAAGCAACUCGCGACAAAAUUUUGAGGCUAGGAAUUUUGACAGGUAUGAUUUUCAUAAAGUAUUCGCCUCCUUUUCUCUCCCACAGAAAACCUGGGAACGAGGUAGCUGUCAAACUAGGCCAAAAUGUUAAAGUCACUCACAAAAUGAACUUUGAGUGAUUUGAGUUCAUUCCUGACGUCACGAUUUUCUCCUCUAUUCUAUUUAAACUUUUCGUCGCCCAUUAGAGUGCUGAUUUGGGUGGAUGUACUGGUUAGGGUGGUCCAAAUCCUGGCUUACUCCUGGCUACCCCUUGAAAUCAACGAAAAUUUAAGCUCAUAAUGACCACGGGAACCUCUCCCUCUAAGCCCUUGAAUUUUGUAUUGGAAUAUUUUCAACUGUUCCAGUGUUUACCUGUGAAAGGCGUCCCAUUGGUUCGCACGACCCAAGAAGAGUAUCGGGACCGCAUUUACAAAGUGUCCCUCUGACUUUGAUACCCUGCUCUCGCACAAAGUCAUUCACACAAUCAUUUGACUACCACCACCACCUCUAUCACUUUUAAAACCGCUCUGAGCGCUUUUGCCAAUCACUUGACCCAUGAUUCAAAUGAUUGCUGUCACCACAGUUACUCGCACAAGCGACAAGAUACACAAUCUGUUGUCAUACAAACGGGGUAACUUUUUAGUUUGACACCCUUUUUACAUGGAGUUCACACACUCUACCAAACGUUUGUUUUGUGUAAAAUGUGAUAGUUCGUCACUUCUUAGUUUGAUUUUGACAAAAAAGUGACUAACCGCGGAUCAGACCCAGAAAUUGCCGCAAUAUGCACCCUUUUUGUUACAUCCUAGUUCAUAUCCAUUGAACAGUGUUUCAAAUGCGUGAUAGAAAAAAAAACUAUCAUUUGAUCAUUUCCCCAGAGAUCUCGAGAUUCACGUUGAUGUUACGUGAAAAGCUAUGUGGUAUUUUUCCACUAGACUUUUCACGUAACUUCUACGAGGUGGUUCUAGUAGAAGCGGAAUUUGCUUGGCCAGAUCCUUUCACGUUGAUUUUACGUGAUUUACACGUGAAAGCUAAAUGUAUCAGCUAAUGAAAUCUACCUGAACGUUUUAAUGAUCGUUAUAGGAACUUUCUAAUACUUUUGAGGUCUUAUUUCAGAUUAUUUUUCUGUUUAAAAUAACAAAAUAAUGCAAUUUUCAAUUCUAAUUUAUUGAUUUAUUGAACUCUUCUUUGAAUAAACAACAUUUUACAAAUAAAAAAAUCUCGAUUUCGUGAUGCUCCGUGUCGAAGUUGAGCAUCCAUUUUGAUUUCCGCUUGACGAAUCGAAUUUGGCCACAGGGCGAUCGUUCCUGCGGAGUGAACUGACAGCUGGUCUGACUGGUCGUCCUUGUUGGUACUGUCACCGUGAUUUGAAUCUUUCCCUGAUAAAUAAAGAAAUAAACGAAACUUAACCUCAAAGGUAAACAACCGAAUGAACUUUUUUGACAGGUGUCAGUUCCGGGACUUUAAAAGCAUUUAAAAUUUUGAUUAUGUUCCGGUUGUUCCGUUUCGCAUGGACACAAAUACGGCCAGGGACACGGCACGGCCACGGGAAUGGCCAGGAACAGGCACCUACACAGCCAGGGACACGAAAACGGCCAGAAGCACGGACACGAACACGGGCAGGAGUCCGGACAAGGACACGGCCUAGAGCACGGCCACGGGAACGACCAGGAACAGGCAACUACGUGGUCAGGUGCACGUAACGAACACGGCCCGAAGCACGGACAAGCCCACGGGCACUAAUACGGAAAAAACUCGGGUAAUGACGUUUCGCGUAAUCGGAAGCAAAUUCAAAUUCAAAAAAAUGCUAAGUCCUGAUUUGACACCUGUCAAACCACUCAAACGGCACUCACAAAAUGAAUACUGAGUUCUUUGAGUUCAUUUGCUACGUCACGGUUUUCUUGCCUAUAAUGUUGCUUAAAAUCAUCGUCAAAAUCUCUUUAAACCAAAUUAAUCUUACGGUUGUAGUGAAACUAGUAGGACGAUGAGAGGGUGGCCAUAAAAAAAACCCGGCGUAAAUGCUCGGACCGAGGCCAGACACCAGUUCCAUGGCCUGAAACGAGUUAUAUCCGUACUCAAACUUCCCCUGGGCACACUCGAAAAAGGUCGACGAUACGUUGGCCAUGUUCGUGACAUUUCCGGUGGACUCACGCAACACGGUAGCUCCGAUUGCCAUUCCGACGGACCAAAUCGACACAGUUGCGCCUGGGAUUGCCUCCGAGGGGUACGAAUUACAUGGCCACCGGGGAAGAAGAUAGUGCUUCAAAAGAUCUGCAAAAAAGUGAAUUAUUAAAACAAAAUCUAAUUAAACUUAAUUUAACUUACCGUCUGUUCCAUUUUUGAUGAAAUUUUGCGAGCACAAGUUCGGCCGCAGGUCUUCACCGUACGCCAUCAAUUUUCAUACUAAAAUAAUCACGUAGAAAUUUGGCCGAAUGGAUCACUCAAGUCCCGUUGAAGUUACAUUUCAAAACACAUAAAAGCUACAUGAAAAACUCUAGUGGAAAAAUACUGUAAGGGUUUUCACGUAACUUCAACGUGAAUACAUUUUUUCCGGAACACUUUCACAUUAUUUUUACGUGUGUCACGUAAAACGGACGUAGUGAGGGGAAAAUUGAGGUUACGUGAUUUUUCAGGUAGCAUCAACGUGUGGAUUAUUUUGAGUGCACGUCUCCUCUUUUCCUUGACUACGCACUCUCAACGCUGAGUAUUCCGUUCUCUCAAAAAAAAAAAAAAACUAAAUUGAAAAACACGAAAGAGCAAUUCCGAACUGACCACACAUUACGUCCCGCUAAACUGUACUGGAGAAAUUGGAUUUGUGACGGCUUCAGUGGAUAAACACUGUUUAUGGGGGAUGAUUGUGAAUGUGGAAUUGAGAGAAGGAGAUGGCGCAAAAAGAAGAGCACUAUGGGCACGAGUCAGGCAUGACAAUUGUAUUCACUCAAAACUGAGGGUUUGAUAUAUUUACAACCCUGAUUUCUAGGAAUCUUUCAUAAGUUGAAUCAUUUUAAAUAAAGAAAGUAGUUUGUCAAAUGCAAAGCAUCACAAUGAUUCCUGCAAUAAAAAAGACAACCGUUACAAUUUCAUGAAUGUAUCCAUUUUUCUGGUGUUGUAUCUUGAGUUUCAAAAAGUCAUCAAUUUAUAUAUUUAAGUUUUUAAACAAAGUUCGUCUACGUUGGGAAGCCAAAAUUCGAGUCCCAUUAUACAACUCAUAGCUAGUCAAUGUUAAACAAAGAAAAAAAUAAGCAUAAACCAAAAGAAGACGUAUCAUAAAUUCCCUUGAAAAGCUGGGUAAAGAAAAAGCAAAAAACUGGUGUAGUUUGAUAAGCAAAAUAUAAAAACAAAAAUGCUGGGAAAUCUCCAUUCACAUUUGGUGUUCAGUUCUACGAUUAAGCAUUUAAGGUGAGAUGUACCAAUUUAUGUUGCCCAAAAAAAAGCAAAUCCGACACACAUUGUCGUCACACGUAUAGGUACAUUUAAAGUGCUCAUCAUCCAAAUUAAAACCUUAAAAAUGCUAAGCCAAGUUGAGCGUCGUGUAGAACCGCGAACAGACUCGCAUUGAUUGCCUUUUGUGUGGAAGGAAUAAAGCAACAACUCAAAUGUUAAACAUUACUGCAAAAAGAAAAUGAAACAAAAAUGUACCAAAAUAAAUCAUCAAAUUCCAAGUGUAACCCAGCAGCUGGCAAAAACAGAAAUAAAAAUGGAGAAAGCAACUAUUUAGACAACUAGAAUUUACUAGAAGCAAAGUGCAUUUUUGUGUCAUAUUGGAGAAUGCCUUGCCCGAAUCGAUGAUAAGUAUGUGUGUAAAUCAGCAAAAGAUGCUUGAAAGGUGCGCAACUGUGCUAAAACAAGUGUAGAAACUAACAGAACUUGCUUAAAUUGCAAAAUGGAUAAAAGCUAACUGAGGUGAGAAAGCGGAGAAAUAAAAGCUGUACUAGAAUAGACCAUUGGUUUGAUCCUAAAUCAAGUUGUGCGCUGUACUGUUAUGUAAAUCAUGGGCGGGGAAAAAUCACAAUAUCAAACCGUUUCUUAUUCAUUUAGUUUCCGCGCAAAAACUAUUAAACUCUAUCCAACGUACUAUACUGAUUAGUGAAGAAACAAAAACGUACUAUUAUUCAUCUACUAGUUAUACUAUCCAAUGUGUGAGGCUUAUUUUGAACGGGAUUAGUUACAAAAGAAACUGAUGUUGAUGAUAUUUUACAGAUAAAUCUUAGUAAAAAAAAUGCUUAUAACAAGGAAUCAAGGACUAAUCAAAACCAUGUUGUUAUUCUGCACACAAAAAAACAAAACACACACAAAACUCCACUCUGUAUACUUACUUUACGAUAAGCUUUUGUUCAAAUAUAUACUUCUUGAAGCUAUUGCUUUGGCGCUAUCCGCACAAUGUAAUCGCACCUAAAUAUAUUAACAUUUAACAAAACACAUCUA